CACGAAUUACCAAGCGCUUUCGCAACAGACUUCAGAGCUUUGAAACAACAUCUUGAGCUUGGCCUAUUUUAAACGUCCCGACUUUUCGUCCUCUCAUUUCUACUUCCACAACCACCAACCAACCAAUCAUCCUUACAAAGAGAUCCUUCAACAUGUCUGACAGCAAGCAAAUGAGCCAGCAAGAGGUUUCUGCCGAGUUCACUUCCUACUACCUCCAGCGAGCAACCAAGGAGUUUGCCGAAGACCUGGACAAGGUGCGCACGGCUGACGACUUCAAAAACGAUGCGAUCCACCUGCUCGUGAACGCGCUACAGCAGGGUACUGCGCUUUUCUCUCCCGAAGAGCAGAGGAGGAUAGUCGAGUCUGGGGCGGAGAGGAAGUGAUGAGGACGAGCGACGCAAGUUUUGAAGGGAAGGGAUCACGGAGGUUCAGGGGAGUUGGAGGUUAUUUCUUGCGUGAUUGCAGGAAGAUCCGAAGAUGGGAGGUCGUCUCUCGAUAGCGGGCAUCGAGCCGAGCAGUCCAUCGGUUCAAGACGAGAACUGAAGGCUUCGACGGACGUAAUCUUUGAGAGGCCACGCGAAUCCUUUCCACGUCAACCUGUCUAUCGACAUGACACGACUGGGGAGAGACUGAUUGGUUGAAGCAGGAGCUGUUCACCCACACGAUCACCCGCAGUCGGUUCUACGACCAUAGUUGGAGAGUAGAGUCAGGCGCAAACCUCAAGGCCGCGGAAGAUAGGCAUGGAAUACCCGUAAAAGCAUAGAACAUGCGACCAAAGAAGAAUGAUAUGCUGCACAAGAUUGAUAACCUGAUAAAUGAAGUCAACCGGUUUUAAAUAUGGCUGGCUGUUGUACAAUUUCUAUCCAACAGAGGCCGUUCAUACUGAAACG